AUGCAGGGAGAGAGUUUGGGAGAAAGGAAGAUAGAAAAGCAGCAAGGAAUGGAGGGAAGAGGAAAAGAAGGAAGGAAGAAUGGAAGGAGGAAGGAUAAAAGAAAGGAAGGAACGAGGGAGGAUGGAGGAUUUCAGAUAAGGAGACGUACACGAGGUACCCAGCUGGCGGACGAGCGCGAUGGCGCUGAUAGGGUGACGCUGACGGGAGGCUGUCGGCGCCCCGCGCAAUCUCUGGCGCAGCGCAUCGCCCUAGGCGCUCUUCUGCUGUUUGCCCUGGUGGUGAACAACGCGUACUCGGGCCAGCUGCUGGGCCUGCUGGCCAAUCCUCCCCGCCACCAGGACCCGGCCAGGCUCGCGGACGCAGCUCGCUCGCUGCGCAGCGUCUACAUGACCAACGACUUGAAGGCCGCCGUCUCCGACGCCAACAAGGACGGCUCCCUCAAUGAACUCUUGCUGAAAAUGAGGCCCAAAACGUUCGGGAUCAACGUAAAGAAACUCGAAAACAUGACGCAAUACGGCGAUGAGGGCAUUUUCGACAAUACGGAUGACUUCAAAAUGUACGCGUAUUUGGUGGAGCUCACGGAUCAUGGACAAACGGAGCUUACCCAGGUUUCCGAAUGCUUUUUUCGCCCUGGGUAUCAGGGAUUUCUCGUGAGGAGGAACAGUUCAGCGUUUGAUGUUCUCAGUACGUUUGCCCUUAGGAUUGUGCAAGCUGGAAUGUACGACCAUUGGAAAGUGAAACAGCGUCAUCACAUGGAUGCAGACGGAGUCACUGUUCCUGCGGGUGUUAUGUGGAGAAGGCCCAAACCGCUGAGUUUAAGUACACUUGCUGGCCCUUUCAAACUGCUGGCGAUUGUGUGGGUCAUCGCAGCUCUUUUGUGCGGAACUGAAGUGAUUUUGCGCAUGCUGCAGAUGAAGAAACGUUUCUGGGGUUGGAAAAAUGUAGAUCAGCGAUCAAAGAAAGUCCAAUGGAAUAAUGCCCGACUUGUGUGGUAGAUGAUCACAAACUAUUAGGAAUUUAAGUUACAAUCAAUGUAAAAUUUAUUAAUCAAAUAGAGCAAUUUUACUUAUUAAAAUUAUGAUUAAAAAGGAAAGUUCAAAUUUUUACACAAAUUUCUCUUUACUAUUGUAUAGAGAUUUCUUAAUACGAGUAAAAUUAUAAUGUUCUUCCAAGAAGUCAAUAGAUCAGGAUUGAUCGUACAUUUUCAAGUAAAGAUGUUACUACUUUUAUACGCAUCAUAUUUGUCACAAUACUUACUUGGAAUUGCUGAACUAAUUACAUUUCUUCUAUUUCUAUUUAAUAAAGAUAUAAUAUUGUUGGGCGUGUGGUUAAAUUACGAAAUACAUAAUAUUUGCCUGGUCAUUAAAUAGUUUGCUUAAAACAAAUUGUGACGUAGUUGUAAGUUUUUGCUCCUUUAUGAUUUUUUUAGCACUGUUUACGAAUCUGAAGUGUCUAAAAACAUUUGUUGGAAUUCCGGUCAAAAAAAAUAUUGGCUUCAUCUAAAAAACUAUAUAAUGUUACAUUAACGUUUUUCAAACUGAUCUGCUGUUCACGCCUAAUCGGUUAAGGAAAAAAUGUGUAACAAAAUUAGAAUAUUAUUUUGGUUCAAAAUAUUACUUUGUCAAAAUUCAAUAGUUUUUAGAUC